GUAGGGAGUGAGCAGUUAUAAGGAAAAAGAGGAGUGCUUGUAUAGCUUCACUGGCCAUUGUUGUAGGGGCUUACUGUGCUGUCCUGCUUUUGUCCUUGUUGCACUCUGAACAUUUUUGCAGAUGCAGACCUAACUGGAUAAAAUUUAUGAAAGGAGAGUGUUUGACUGGUGAGGAGAUCUUUUCUCUGCAUGGGAUACCGAACAACAGUCUAGUAUCAAAUUCAAAUUUCUCCACAAUAUGUCCUGCUGUUUUGCAACAGCUCAUUUUUCAUCCAUGUGAUCAUCAGGAAGACUCUGUGGAUACGUCUAAACCACAAUCUUUUCAAGUUUGGGGAUUUGGGUUUCUGGCUGUGACUCUGAUUAACCUGGCAUCACUUCUGGGAUUGAUCUUAACUCCCCUCCUAAAGAAGUCGUAUUUCCCUAAGAUUUUAACUUACUUUGUGGGCUUAGCCAUUGGCACUCUAUUUUCUAAUGCCAUUUUUCAGCUUAUUCCAGAGGCAUUUGGGUUUGACCCCAAAGUAGAUAACUACAUUGAAAAAGCAGUCGCGGUGUUUGGUGGAUUCUAUAUUCUUUUCUUUGUGGAAAGGAUUCUUAAAGUGAUACUGAAGAUCUAUAAUCAGACUGGUCACCAUGACUUUGAAAAUGGUGAACAGAAUCAUCCUCAGGAUAAGACUAGUCCGGCCAAACCACCAGCAUCCAUCAAUGGGGUGAUGUGUUAUGCAAAUUCAGCUGUCGUAGAAAGCAAUGGAAAUCCUGGUUUCGACAGCAUUAGUGUGGUCUCAGCACAGGAAGAAGAAACUCCAGGCAGCUUGUGUAAAUGUCUGAAGGGGCAACCCCUGUCAAAGAUUGGAACAAUUGCUUGGAUGAUAACUCUGAGUGAUGCUGUGCAUAACUUCAUAGAUGGUUUAGCUAUUGGUGCUUCUUUUACUUUGUCCCUUUUUCAAGGACUUAGUACCUCUAUAGCUAUCUUAUGUGAGGAGUUUCCUCAUGAACUGGGAGACUUUGUCAUCUUGCUUAAUGCAGGGAUGAGUACUCGGCAGGCUCUGUUUUUCAACUUCCUGUCUGCAUGCUCCUGUUACAUUGGGAUGGCUUUUGGUAUAUUAGUAGGCAACAACUUUGCUCCUAACAUCAUCUUUGCUGUAGCUGGUGGAAUGUUCCUGUAUAUCUCUCUGGCAGAUAUGUUCCCAGAGAUGAAUGAUAUGCUGAGAGAGAAAGUGACAGGAAGAAAGAUGGAUCUCACAUUCUUCCUUAUACAGAAUGCUGGUUUGCUAACGGGGUUUGCUGCUAUCUUGAUGAUUACCUUGUAUGCAGGAAAUAUUCAGCUGUAAUAAUACAAGUGAAAAUGGAAUCAAUACUGAAGACAUCAAGUAAAUUACAAAUGGAAGACACUUGAAAUCCAUAAAGGGACACUAAUUUAAUCUACUCGGUUUUGAAACAAUGACAAGUUUUCCCCUACCCCUACAAAUCAGGAAGUUAAUUUUUCCUUGGAACAUGCAGUCAAUCCAAAUAAUAUAAGCUGUCAACUUCAGUACUGUACCAAAGAAUUGAUUCACAUAUUUAUAUUUCUACUUAAAAUCAUCAGAUGUAUGUGAACUGUGGUGGAGAAAAAAAAUCWCUUGGCUGGUAGAGUAACAUAAUAUAUGUGACUGCUGCAUGUGUGUGUCAUGCAACUGAGACCAAAUGAAAGCUGAAGUUUUCCAGGAAUGUGUUUAUUCAGAAAGAAGUAAUUAAGUUCUUAUUUUUUUAAGUGAUCAAGCAAUUUCAAAACCAGUUAAUUAUUAUGAUUUCU